AUGGCCCUUGGGAACCCUUCAGCUCUUCCCUCCCCAUUCCGCCUCCUGUCUUUUCUCCUCUUCUCCCUCCUCUGCCAUGCCAUCGCUACCACCUCUUUUGCCGCCGCCACCACCACCACCCAACUCGGCUUGGUGCGAAAACCGGUUCCCGAUUUCCUCAUCUUCCGGGAAGCCCCAUCAUUCCGCAAUGGAAACACAUGCAACCAAGAGAGAAUCCACAUUUCCAUGACACUCGACUCAAACUACCUCCGAGGCACCAUGGCCGCGGUUCUCUCCAUUCUUAAGCACUCCACGUGUCCAGAAAACGUCGAGUUCCAUUUCCUCUGGGCAAGGUUCGAGCCCCUGGUGUUCAUCAGCAUCAGGUCCACCUUCCCUUAUCUCAACUUCAAACUUUACCGCUUCGACUCCAGUAGGGUACGUGGCAAAAUCUCCAAAUCCAUCCGCCAAGCUCUGGACCAGCCUCUCAACUACGCUAGAAUCUACCUCUCCGACAUUCUCCCCGGUUACGUGAAGCGCGUGAUAUACCUCGACUCUGAUAUCGUGGUUGUGGAUGACAUUGCUAAGCUGUGGGAGGUUGACUUGGAGGGGAAGGUGCUAGCCGCGCCCGAGUAUUGCCACGCGAAUUUCGUGAAUUAUUUCACGGAUUUGUUCUGGAAGGACAAGGAGUUGAAUGCAACAUUCGAGGGAAGGAAGCCCUGCUAUUUCAACACGGGGGUGAUGGUGAUGGACGUGGAGAAAUGGAGGGAAGGGAAGUACACGGAGAAGGUCGAGGGUUGGAUGGCGGUGCAGAAACAGAAGAGGAUCUACCACUUGGGUUCUUUGCCUCCUUUUCUGCUGGUUCUGGCUGGGGAGUUGAAGAGUGUGGACCACAGGUGGAACCAGCAUGGGUUGGGAGGAGAUAACCUUGAAGGCAAGUGCAGGAGUCUGCAUCCCGGGCAUAUUAGUUUGCUGCAUUGGAGUGGCAAGGGGAAGCCUUGGUUGAGGUUGGACUCCAGAAGGCCUUGCUCUGUUGAUCAUCUCUGGGCACCCUAUGAUCUCUAUCGUCCCAAUACUCAUUCUUUGGAAGAAUAA